AUGCUGCGAAUUCUACUGGUAACUGGUCUAAGCUACUUUGUUGAACCGAGCAUGUUCAACAAUAGCGAACUUCUUCAUAUUCCUGGCAUGGAUAUGAUGACGUCCGACAAACAUCCUCAUUACACUAUAGUGGAAACUGUAAGCCGAACUAAAUGGCACCGUCAUCGACGAGAAGUGAUCGCUGGGCCGAUCUAUGACUGGAAUUCCUACGAGAUUCCCUAUCAAAUAUGGGGUGGCGAUUUAUCCGCGGAUCGGUCUAAUCUCCUGGAUGAAGCCAAUGUUGGCGAUGGUGAUGAUGGUGCAAGUGUUGGUGGAGGUGGUAGUGGUGUAGUUGGUGAAUCGCUUGCAAUAACCGGUUGA